AAUAGUAUUAGGCGGGCGCUAUUAACAGCUUUGAAAACAAAUGAAAAAUUAUUAUGUUUUUCAGAUAUUGUGAAGCAUAUUGACGAGUUACAUCCACCAACGUUUUGUUCAGCUUUGUUAAUAGAACAUCCUUCAACACGCAGUGGAAUGUAUUAUAUCAAUCCCCAAGGAUUCCGCGUAUCGCCAUUGUUUCACGUAUACUGCGAUAUGACGUCAAAGAAUGGUGUUGGUGUGACGGUGAUUGGACAUAACAGUGGAUCAAGAACACUUGUGAAGGGAUAUGAUUAUGCAGGUUCUUACAGACGAAAUAUUAAAUAUGAUAUUUCCAUGGAACAUAUUACUGCAAUUAUUAAGCAGUCCAAAAGAUGUGAGCAAUUUAUAAAAUAUGAAUGUUAUGGUAGCGUAUUUAGGUUCUAUUCUGCAGGUACAUAUCUAGGUUGGUGGGUAUCACGUCAGGGUUCACAGAUGAAUUACUGGGGCGGAGCGGCAGUCAACAGUGGAAAAUGUGCAUGUGGAAUGACCAACAGCUGUGCAGGUGGAUGGAAAUGUAAUUGUGACAAGAAUGACCAGACAUGGCGUGAAGACAGUGGAUAUCUGACUGACAAGAACACACUGCCUGUUACUGAGCUGAGAUUUGGAGAUGCCGGUGACCCUAGCUAUGAGAAAGGAUACUACACACUGGGAAAAUUGCGAUGUUGGG